ACAUUUCGUUGCUACACAGAACAGAAAAACAAAGCGAGCAGGGCAGAGAUGUUUCUUCAUGUCAGACGUCAGUGAAAGAGGCGUUAAUUACCCACAUGUCGCAAUAUCAAGAUCCGAGGAGCAGUUACAGGCUGGCAGAGUAAUGGGGUUUUGUAAUGCUCGCUGUCAUACAUUGAUGAUCGCGACAGGAAAUCUGGGUUGAAUUUGAGAAGAUCACCAUCAGAGAGCGGUCAGGAUGCCCGGGAUGGUGGUGCUUGGACGCCGAUGGCGGAUCGCCAGCGAUGAUCUUGUGUUUCCUGGUGCCUUCGAGUUAUUUAUCAGAGCUGUGUGGUGGAUUGUGACUUUAGUUCUGUACACCAACCAUAAGGGACGAUUUGACUGUCAAGGUGGUGCAUAUCUGCAUAAUUACCUCGUAGUUCUUCUCGUUCUUUUGGCUGUCAUUAUUUUGACACUUUGUGCAAUCGUUUACAUCAGUGCUCAAGGAACCAUCAUGAAUCCCGGUCCUCGGCGCUCUAUGCCAGCUCUGGUGUAUCUGCGGGCCCUCUUGUACUUCCCUGAGUUCAUAUGGGCCUGUCUGGGGGCCGUUUGGGUGUCUGACAACAGCACAGGGUGUAAGCCGGCGGAGGUCGGGGCUGUGAUUGGAGCUGUGGUUUCCAGCUGGAUCAUCCUCCUGUCUAUGGUGGUGGGUGUGCUGGUUGUGUUCGAUCCUCUGGGCAGUCAGAGGCCGGGUGUUCUGCCAGACGCUCCGCUGGGUAUGAGGGAUCUGGAGAGCAGCGAGUCGUCUCAGCUCUUUUACACGGCGCACACGGUGGCGUCGCGGGUGUGGGAGAGCCGUCUGCGUCUGCUGUGCUGCUGCCUGCCGCAGGACGACAACCACCGCGCCGCCUUCUCCAGCAUCGCCCAGCUCGUCAGCGGCUUCUUCCUGGACACAGACCUGGUUCCCAGUGACAUCGCGGCUGGUCUGGCUCUUCUGCAUCAGGAACAGGACAAAAUGGAGCACUGCAGGGACCCUGAUGAGGUCCUGUCCCACAGCCCGUCCUCCCCUAUAAGGGAGGAUCUGGAGGUUGAGCUUGAGAAAGCCGCUCACUUUAUGCAGUUUGCAGCGGCUGCAUACGGGUGGCCUCUAUACGUCUACUCGAACCCGCUCACGGGCUUCUGCAAACUCAGCGGAGACUGCUGUCGAAGCCGUCAGGCGGAGUACGAUCUGGUCGGAGGAGACACCCUGGGCUGCCAUUUCACCUCCAUCUUACAGAGCACAGGCCUGCAGUACAGAGACUUCAUCCACAUCAGCUUUCAUAACCAGAUCUACGAGAUUCCGUUUUACGUGGCGCUAGAUCACAAGAGAGAGGCGGUCCUGGUCGCUGUGAGGGGAACGCUGUCGCUGAAGGAUGUGUUGACGGAUCUCUCGGCUGAAUGUGAGAAUCUGUCUGUCGAAGGCGUUUCAGGAACCUGCUACGCUCACAAGGGCAUUUGUCAAGCUGCACAUUACAUCUACAAGAAACUAGUGAACGAUGGGAUUCUGAGUCAGGCGUUCAACAUCGCACCUGAGUAUAAGCUGGUGAUCACCGGUCACAGUCUGGGAGCAGGAGCGGCGUCUCUGCUGGCCGUUCUCCUGCGCAGCACACAUCCCACACUCGAGUGCUACGCCUUCUCUCCACCAGGGGGCCUGAUGAGUAAAGCGCUGGCCGAUUACUCGAAGCAGUUUGUCGUGUCGGUGGUGCUGGGAAAAGAUCUCGUACCCAGAUUGAGCAUCCCUAACAUGGAAGACUUGAAAAGAAGAUUACUAAAAAUGGUUUCUAACUGCAGUAAGCCAAAGUAUAAGAUCCUAAUGCACGGCUGCUGGUACGAGCUGUUUGGAGGAACUCCUGAUGAUUUCCCUACGGAGCUGGAGAACCGGCGGGAGGAGGUGCUUAGCCAGCCGCUGCUAGGCGAGGAGAGUCUGUUAGUUCAGCGCUCAAACACCUACCAGAGCCUGUCAUCCGACGACUCGCCCUCCCACCCCACACACCUGCCCCUGUACCCGCCGGGACGCAUCCUGCACAUCACUGAGGACGGGCCCGCUCGCAGACACUGCUUCUCUCAGGUGAGAUACCGUGCCGAGUGGUCGAAUGAGACAUCGUUCCGUAAUGUUCUGAUCAGCCCACGGAUGAUCGCCGAUCACAUGCCUGAUGUGGUUCUGCACGCGCUGCGCAGUCUGACCCGCGAACAGCCGUUUGCUCUCUGCCCGUCCUCCAUGAGCAACAGCCACCUGAACGUCAUCUGAGCUUCACAAAAGACUGUCGGGAGCAAGAUUUACUGGACUCCUCGUUUUAUUUUGCGUAUUUAUUUGCGCAUUUAUACUCCCAUUAGUGUGCCUGCUUUUUAAAGGCUUCAUGAACUGCCAUAUAUUCCCAUCAUCCAUAAAAGUUAUCAUCGCUUCACAUUAUUUGCUAUGCUGUGUUGUUCAGCUGUAAGAGUUACUUUCGUUUUUGUGACUGUUCAAUGAGGACUCGAGCAAGAAAAUGUCAGUAUUAUCAGUGUACUGGUGGCGUGAUGUUUUUUGUGAUGUAUCUUCGCCAAAUGAGGAUUGGCCGAUCAGUUGGCAAAACGCCAUAUGAGACUUAGAUGCAUGGCACCAAACGCAUGAAAACCUUUCUUCUGAUGUAGACGAGAGUCUCUUCAUUUACUCCACUGCUGCCUUUUCAGGAUAUCAUGCAUUUUUCAAAAAUAAAAAUGCUGAGGAAAAGAUGGUCUGUUCAAGUUGUAAAAAAGUGAGAC